CAGGUUACAAAGGUAGAAAGUAGAAAGUAUAGCAUGCAUCACAAGUAUCCAUAUAUAAUGGCCAAAGCAGCUGCCACCUAAUUAAUUCACAUGUACAUCUCCAUCAGCAACACGUACGAGCCAAGUGCAAAUUAAGUGAUCGAACAAACACAACACCUUCUCCCAUAAAUAGCACCCAUCAUCACACCCCUAGCUAGACGUCCCAAUUGGCAGAAAAGAACAAGAAUGGGAAGAAAAGGGUUCGAGUUCAUGAACAUGAGCAUGGUUGUAGCAGUUGAAAUAACGUUGGUACAAUGUUUAUGCAUGUGGUGGUGCAGCACUGGAAGCAAGGUGCCUGCGAUAAUAGUGUUCGGAGACUCGUCGGUGGACUCAGGGAACAACAACUUCAUUCCAACGAUGGCGAGGAGCAACUUUGCGCCCUAUGGAAGGGACUUCAUGGGAGGAAACCCUACUGGGCGGUUCUCCAAUGGACGCAUCGCACCUGAUUACAUCUCUGAGGCAUUUGGACUGAAGAAAGCUAUUCCUGCUUACUUGGAUCCAGCUUAUAACAUAUCGGAUUUCGCCACUGGGGUCUGCUUUGCUUCUGCUGGAACUGGAUUCGAUAAUGCUACUGCUAAAGUUGCUGACGUGAUACCUCUAUGGAAAGAAGUUGAGUACUACAAGGAGUACCAAGAGAAACUUAGGUCAUAUCUUGGUGAUGAAAAGGCCAAUGAAAGAUUAAGAGAGGCAUUGUAUUUGGUCAGCAUUGGAACCAACGACUUUCUUGAGAACUACUACGUGCUGCCUGAACGAAGGUGUGAGUUCAAAACUGUUGAAGAAUACGAGGACUUCCUCAUUGGACUUGCUGAAAACUUCUUUAAGGAAAUUUAUGGCCUCGGGGCAAGGAAAAUUUCCCUCACAGGGUUGCCUCCUAUGGGGUGUCUCCCACUUGAGAGAGCAAUUAACGUUUUGGAGUACCAUGAUUGUGUUGAAUGGUACAAUAAUGUGGCUUUGGAGUUCAAUGGAAAGUUGGGGUGGUUAGUCACUAAGCUCAACAAGGACCUCCCUGGCCUUCAAUUGGUGGAUGCAAAUGCAUAUGAUAUCAUGUUGCAAAUCAUUACCCAACCUUCUCGUUUUGGUUUUGAAGUGGCAGGAAGGGGAUGCUGUGGAACAGGGAGAUUUGAGAUGGGCUUCAUGUGCGAUCCAAAAAGCCCAUUUACAUGCAAAGAUGCAAAUAA